AUGCAUUUAUUGGAAGUUCCACAACAAAGAUAUCGAGCGAAUAGUAUUGAUUGUUUGAGUACGGUAACUGGAGGUAACCUUUUUUUUAUUUUGGAGAGCUGAAUCUAGGGAAAAUUCCUGUAAAAAAUUUGAAAAUUUAAAAUUUCAUUUUUCAGGACAUUCUUCGAGUGGACGUUUACAUGCAUCGCCAAAAGUUUCAUUUUCUUCAAUUGUUCAACAUACGAUGAAAUGUAAAGCUAUGGGUGGUGAGUUUUUUUAAUUUUUGAUCUUAAUGAGAGUUCUAGAAGCUCUGAAUCUUGUUGAGAACUUGGGUAUGGUUUACAGACCCAAGGUUAGAAAUUUCGGACAUUUCGAAAUAAUGUCAGAAGCUGUCUCUGAACUUCUAGAAACUGUGCAGAUUCAGAAUGUUUUUCAAAAAGAUUUAGAAAUCUUGAUGAUCAAGCUUAAACUUCGAAAAAACAUUUUUUUUCCUAAAUCUAGAAUUUUUAAAUUAUUUUUUGAUUAGAAAUAAUUUGAUUACUUUUAUGACAAAUUUGAUUUAUCAUAACUGUCAUCAAAAAUUAGCUUAGAAAAAUUUAAUUACCAAAUUUCAUGUCGAAAAUUUUAAAAUUAGCUUUUCAUGAUUCAAAAAAUUCAAGAUUCGAGAUUUUUGCUGCUGAAAAAACAUCACAGAAAGAUUCACAAGAAAUUUUGAAUUUUCGCACGGUUUUAAGUUUUUUUUUGAAUUCAGAAUCCCCGACUUAAAUCUAUGUUGCGUUUUCUGAAUGCCACGUCAUAGUUUUUUUUGCCUAAUCCUCAAAUUCGGUGUACUUUUCUAGAACUUUUCUCGAUCACACACUGAUUCUUUCUAUUUUUUUCCUUUUUUUCGAAAAAAAUAAAAUAAAAUCCCUCCAAUUUGAACUUUUUUGUCGAAAAUUAGAUUUUGCCUCAUCUCCUGUCCAGCCAGUCUGAAACAAAAACAACACAAAACAACAAAAAAUAAACACAUUUUCCAUGCCCAAAUCCGAUAAAACAAACCCAGAGAGCACUGAAAAUGUAUUUUAUGAGCUCGUAUAAAAUUUCGAUCAUCCUUUCCGUGUUGUGUUUUUUUCACAAUGUGUCUCGCCCCGUGAAUUUUUAUUUGGCGCCUAUUUGAAUUUUUUUCGCUUUUAGAAUUCGGAAUAUGAGAAAAAGUGAGUUUUCACAUAAAUUUUUAUGCGCACCUCUGAAAUUUUUUUGAUUGAAAUGAGAUGAAAUGAAUGGGGCGUUUUUGAGAUUUUAUUAUUUUUUUUGGCAUUUUGGAAAGAAGAAAAAUAUUCCUUUGUUCUGGAGCAACAAUGAAAGAAGUUGGCGGCAGAAUUCAUGGUAAUCUAGUUUUUUUCUGGAAAUAUUUUGUGGAGGUUUUAAACUAGAAUGUAGUUUAGAUGUACUUGAUUCGGGUUUUUUGAAAAUCAGAGAUCAAAUUUUGUGGAAGUUGAACUUCUGAAAAAUUAUGUCAAAAAUUUUUUGAGAAGGAAAAUUCUAUGAAUCUGAAAAACUCUAAAAAAUUGAAGUUCAAAUUUAAUUUCUACCGAAGUUCAAGGCUUAAAAUGUAGUUUAGAUGUUUUGUAUUGGGUUUUUAUAGAUUUCUGGAAGUUUUUUUUGAAAACUAGAAUGUAUUCUUUUAAAGUUUUACGAUCACAAAAUUCCAGAAUCCCAAAAAAUUCUGAAGCAAAAGUUCUCCAGAAUUUGAAAUUCAAAUUCCAGUUUUUUUCUGGAUACCGAUAGGAAUUUAGAGAAAAUUUGAAGUUUUUCUUAAAUGAUUUUUCUCGAGCUCAGAAACCUUGGAACUCCAAAAAUCUCAAAGUUUAGAUUUGGGUUUUUGAACAUUUCUGGAAGUUUUUUUUUAAACUAAUAUUUUUGAACCCCAAAAAUCUCUGGAAUUUUCAAAUUUAAAUUCUCUAGUUGCUCCAAAAAAUCUAAAACCCUUCCUAUUCACGCCUAAAAAUAUCCUCUCCUGCUCUCACGAAAAAAGCAAGCAUUUCCCUUUGCUCCUCUUGUCUAAUUGUUAUUCUCAACAGAAAAGACAGACAAAAAAAAUAGAGAGAUAUAUAUAUAUAUAUAUAUUUUGUAAAUUAAUUUUGUGCUUCUUACUUUCAUCCCUCAUUUUUUCAGAGCUUUGGAGCACAAAAAAUAACCUAAAAAUCAUUUUCUCCUGUUUUUGACAUACAGAUUUUUGGUCAAUUGAAUUGGACAUUGAACUUUAUUUAUUUUGUGGAUCUUUUUUUCCCUGAAUUUACAGUAACCCUUGAUCUCUCUCUCUCCAGAAAAAAGGAAAAAAAUUUAAAAUCGCGUGACUUGAAUCUGAAAAAUUCUCGCUCUCUUUUUUUUUUCAAAAAAAAAAACAACAAGUUAAUUGUUUUCAAUUAUUUCCAUUAUUUUUUCGAAUCGACUAAAGAAAUAUACAGCUUUUAAGUUACAAAACCCUCUUAUUUGAAAAUAAAAAACUUGGCGCGAGUGUGUGAGCGCAACGUCACGCGGAGUCUCGUUGUCUCUUCAUAAAAGCUGUAUAUUUCUUCCAAAAUGUUGUCCUCAAAACGUGCUCGUUUGGGACAUUCGGAUGCGAUUGAAGAGCCGCCCAAAAUUCAACUUUUGUCACCGGAUCGACUUCUUUUUGAUUAUUGCUAUUAUUCGGAUGAAUGGUUUUUGAAAAGUACCUUUUUUUGAGAAAAGAGGGAGAGAGGGUUACUGUAGAGUUCAAAAAUUUUAAAAACCACGUGUCCUAUUUUUUAAAUUUUUUUUUUCAAAUUAUUUUAAUUUUUGGAAAAUUGAAAAAUGGCAGGCUGGAUUUACUGUAAGUUCCAGAAGCAUUUUCUGCAGUUAGCCUAAUUUUUAGCCGGAAAAUUGUGAAUUCAAAAAAUUCGCCACCCACAUAUUCAGAAUAUAUUAAUUUUGACUAAUUGAAAAUACAAUUUUCAUUUUCAUAUUUUUAUUUGUUUCCAGGAAUGGGAAGUGGUCGAUGCCUGAGUUCAGCUUCUCCAAUUUCAGCCGUCGAACGACAACAAUUAUGGGGUAAGCUUUUGUUUUCAUGAAAAAAAAGGUUUGCCUCGAAGCGGGAUCGAACCCAUGACCUAUAAAUUAGAAGGCGCGCGUGUUAACCACUCGGCCACGAGCUCAUGUUUUAAAAGUGCGCUAGAGCAAACUUGAUUGUUUUGUGUGUUUUGGAGACUAACUCAAGAUAUUUCGCUUUCUCAUUUAAAAAUGCUAACUAACUAACUAAAAAAAAUGAAUGUGGCGCAUGAGCGACGAGCAAAAAAAUCCCAGACUCUAUCUAAAUUGAAUAAUAAAAUUUUGAAGAAGCUGACUGACAUACAAGCUUCUCCUUUUUUCACAUCUUUCCUUCUCCCAAAAAAAAAACAACAUUUCUGGUUUUGAUAAUUUUGUUAGAAAAUAGAAAAUAGUGUGUUUUUGUCCCAUUUUUGCUUCCAGUCAUUCAUUUUUCAUCAUCAUCUCGAAAAAAAAGAAAAAACGCACAAUUGAGCAAAAUUAUUUUUUCUUCUUCAUUUUUUUUUUGAAAGGGAAUUUUUCGGAAAGCAGGUGAAUUUUUUUUAGAAAGAAAAUGUGCAAGUUCUUGUUUUCAGCAACAUUUCGUGUAAGAUUUCAUUGGGGAUUAGGAGGAUAAUCUCAAUGUCACAUGAUAUUUUUGGACUUCUUCUUGUAAAUCCCAUAUUUUUCUACGAAAUCAGCGUGCUUCUCAUUGAAAUUAGCCUGCCGUAAUUUUGUGCACACGUAGCGCAGGUGGUUAGAGUUUGCGCCAAUUUUGCAUCGAGGGUUCGAAACCACCCCGCGACUUUUUUUUUAUUUUUUUCAAAUUUUUUUUUGAUUUCCAGGCAGUUCAAUGCAUCAUUCGUUCGAUGAUCGACCUACAGCUUCAUCAGAUGAUCUAUUUGCGAGCUGCAACGAUAUCGAUCAAGCGGUUAGUUAUUUUUUAAAAGUCACUAGAUUUGUCGCAUCAAUUAUUCGCGCGCGCCGCUAA